GGUAACUGUGGCAGUCGGAAAAAAAAGGCUCAGGGUCGCAGCCCCCAUCGUCUCACCCAUUCAUCGUCCCCUCGGUUUUUCAGAGCAAAAAAACGAACAUCUCCACUCUUUCUUCUCAUCGGUUUUCUGCCGCCAGUUGCAUGCAUUUAUCGUCUCCCAAAAUGGUUUGCGAGACUAAAAUCGUUGCGGACGAACACGAUGCUAUACCUGGGACCAAAAAAGAGUCGAUAAUGUGGAGUGCUCCGGCUCUGAGCGAGCAGAAGGAUGUGCGCAGAGAUGCGGUUUUCAUCCGCGAGUUCGAGCGCGGAGACGAAGAGGAGGUGCGGCGCAUCUUUUGUGAGGGUAUCAUGGAGCGGAUACCCAACACGGCGUUCAGAGGGCUCCGACACCAGCCCCGGAUCCAGUUUCUAUACGCUCUUCUGACUGUAAUGUGCUUUUUCAUGACCAAAUCCUUCACGCUGACAUGCUGCGCCCCAAUCAUUCUCAUGGGCGCGCGCUACUACUACAGCAAGAAAGUUAUCCACAAUUAUCUGGACUGUGCGCUGCACUCGGACAUGGCUGACAUAGAGGCCUAUUACAUGAGACCUUCAGGCUCCUCUUUCUGGGUUGCUGUUUUUGAUGGACGUGUCGUGGGCAUCGUCGCGGCACAGGGCCGAGAAGACGACAACACGGUUGAGCUGCGGCGCAUGUCGGUGGAUUCGUGCUACCGUGGCAAAGGCAUUGCAAAAGCUCUGGGCCGCCGUGUUUUGGAGUUCGCUGUGCGCAACAACUACGCAGCUGUGGUCCUCGGCACGACAGCCGUCAAGUUAGCCGCUCACAAGCUGUACGAGUCACUGGGCUUCCGUCAAACCAGCCAGAACCCGGAUCACCGGCUUCCUGGGAUGAGCCGCUCACCACUGGAGAGGCUGUUCUUCCAGAUCCGCCACAGCCGCUACCGCCUGCAGCUCCGUGAGGAGUGAGAGAUUGAUGGAAGAUGUUGAAAAUUGGAGACGGAGGGGGAGAGAGAGAGAGCAACGUCCUUCCCUUGGCAGAGAACCAUGACCACAUCCUUACCUCUGACAGUGUUUAUUUAUUACCAUAUUAGAUAACAGCACAUCUCAGUCUUCACAGUCACCGAUGGUUUUACUAUGAUUUGUGUCUUGUUCUUCUAUUUUUUUGUAUGAUACUUUCCAAAUUUCGACUUUUUGGUUUUUAAACAUCCAAUUUUUUUUUCCCAUUACCUUCCAUGCUCUUUUGUUGAAAUGCAGGUGGCUAAAGACACGGAGGCACCCUACCCCUUCCCCCGCCCCUUUACAAAUCAUGAGAUGAUCAAUACUCCCAUUUAAUGCCGUUCAACAAUGCCUUUGUUGGCCCUCCUGCAUUACCCACUGCUCGUCCCUCCCCAUGCCCCGCUCUGCAACAUCCUACAGUACAGAUUUAAACAAGAACAUGGGGGGGAGAAGGGCACGAGGGUUCUCUUUAGAAAAGCUUGCAGGGCCCUUUCUGUCUUUCACUCUCUACGCUAUUUUGGAGUGAGGUGUGGACAACAUACACACGCAAACCUUGUCAUGUGGUUUUUGGCCAGACUGUUCAGUCAACAUAUUGAAGCACAGCAAGAGUGUUUGACCGACCCCCAGAGUGAGAAGGAAGAGCGGAUGGAUUCUGGGAUAUACACUGUGUGCCUUGUGUACUUAAUAUUCUCAAAUAACACAUUGCAUCUUCCAACAAUCCUGCUCUUUGUUUCCCUCUCUGGUCAGUAGAUUGGGCGGAAGCAUCCCUCCCUGCCUUGCCCUCGUAACUACUUGUGCUGAGACUAGUGGCGAUGCUCUCUGAUGGGUCGAGGUGACCAGCGGGUGGAGACUUACACUGACACACGGCAAAAUGAAAUACUAUGCAUGACUUUGUGAGUGUGUGUCUGCGUGUUAACGUGUGCGCAGCGAGAAGUGUGUGCUUUUGUGUUUCUGAGAGUUUGAGCAGGCUACAAUCACACAUUUGACGGUGACUGUGGAACCGAGAGUUUUGUGUGACACACAACAUCGUCUGGCAUUGAGCGAACUCAAUAUCACUGCUUUAUAUAAUUGUUUACUGGUUGAAAAUCUAAAACACUUUGGGAUUUUUCUAGUUCUUGACUAAUUCUAGAUGAUUUUAUAACAGAAAAUAAGCCAGGAAAUAUGCAAUUUUUGUCUUGACUAUAGAGUUGGGUUAGACAUCAAUAUUAGCAAUACCUUCAAACACUCAGAAGACAGUCGAGCACAAAAUGAGGAUUAUAUUGACUUGAAGUGCUUUUAAUACGACCCAUUUCUUAAUUCUGUAAAAAGUUCAAAAGUUGUAGCAAGGUGUUUCCUUCUCCAUGUCCAACCACCAAGCAGAGUCGGUUCAGUUUUAUCAUUCAGCACCACUGUCUGAUGCAGAACCAUUUGUAAAAAGUUUUAAAAGACCAUAAAAAGAGCACAUACAAUAUUUCCUAGCCUGUUGAAUCUCCCAACCUCUGAGUGUCAUCUUGAGCAAGAACCUUCAUCAUUGUCUGCUGACCUUUUCUUGUCUCCUUGAUCCCCCAUUUCUGCAUGUGUGACUGAGCUAUGAUGCAUUGCUCUUAUGCUUCAACCCUAAAAUCCCAGACCUGCAUCACGGUCCUGACAAAUUCCUGUGUAGUUAUGAGGAGGCUUUAUGAGUGAGUAAGCAACUCUGUGACUGUGGCGCAUGUGUGGGAAAGCAGACGCUCACCUCGAUGCUGAUGACAUCCUGCCUGCCAGCUUACCCCACUGCAGAAUGCAAAAGCAAUGCAAUGUGGCAUGCGUCUGUACCCGCUGUGUGUACGGUGACUGCCCUGAAAAGUAAGAAGAAAAAAAAUCUGGUAUAUAAAUAUGGCAUAAUGAAAAAUAUAUAGAGAGAUAUAAGCAUUUUUAUGAGUAUUUAAGAUAGGCAAUCUUAAAAUGUAACAUCUGCAUGAACUGUAUCUUUUAAUGCAAGUGGACCUUCAGGGCUUUCCUCCUGAUAUGGCAUUGUGAGCUAAACGGAGAGAAAUGCUUUUAUACCACGACAAACUAGCUGGUUCAGUGAGAUUUAUGGUGGGCUACAUUGUUAUUUUCAUUCACUGGCUUCAAUGCGGGUCUGGGCCACUGAUUGAGUUUCAUGUUGAGCGUUGUAUGAAAAUGCUUCAGCAUUAUCUUGAAAUAUUCCUGAAAACAAUUUGAAUAUGAACACAUUUAAAAGUACACCAUUACAAAGGGAAUUACAUUGUCUAAAAACAUUCUUUAGGUCUCUGUUCAUCUCUUUGAUCAAAAUUUUGAAUGAGCAAUAAAUUCAAAGGGACCUAGAUGAGCAGGAAUACCGAGGCAACAUGUGGAGGAUUUCUUUUUGAUGGUUCUGUUCUGAACUUGGUUGAUGCUGAGCAGCCAGAGUGCUUUCAUGUGCCUAAAGCAACAGAUACCACUGACCCACUUUCAGGCAGAAUACACCGUAUUUUAGAUCUUAACUGCAAAGCAAGCAGCAGAUGAACACUGCGGCAAAUUCUUUUUGGUUGGUCUUUAAAACCUCAUCAUACUUUAAGUGGUGUCCCAAACAGACAAACUGCCUCUCGCAUGCUGGUGUGGAGGUUCCCAACGCAAGCUGGACUGUGAAGAGAACUGUGGUCUGGGUGAUGUGGUCUACUGAAAGAAUGUGAAAUCUGUUCAUCCUGAGCCAUUUCUGCUGCUGUCAAUGUUGUUUGUGUCGGGUAAACUGUUGAAUCAUGCUUUUGCUGGGUUGAUAGUCACACACAAGACAUUUUUAAAAACAGACUGGAAUCACACUGCAUGGUUUAUGUUGUUCAAUGGUUAUUCUGAAUUGUAAAAGACAAUGCCUAUACAAACUAGUUAAUUUAUUAAAGCAAAGUCUGUCUUCUACUCCUCAUGUGAUGCUUUGCUGUGAAGUCACAUGGCUUAUUCGUCACUCCUGUCAUUCAUUUGUAUGCAAUUUCCAUACAAGUUUGCUGAUGUACAAUCUGAAAAAACAACUUGUCUCUUUCGAUGGUGUUGAUAUUAUCGGUGACUUUUCAAUAAUCUGGCCACAACAGCAGUGUGCAUAUGCAUGUGAAAUGAUUCAGCUGCCAACAGCAUCCUGAAGAGAUCCCAGACUCAUUCUUGAGCAUAUCAAUGGUUUCCAUAUCGACUCUGGCUGCUGCUGAUGAACACAUGCAGGUUGCAGCUGUGAGGCAACAUUCCAACUUACAAAAGGUUGUAUUUGUGUGUUUGAAACCAAAACAUCUCAUUAUUGCUAUUAGAAUAGAGUCUUUGUAUUAUGAAUGUAGCUCUAGAAUCCAACACAAAUCAUUUGAUGCUCGCAAAAAGUAGUCACACACUCAAAACUGCAGAUAUUAAAUGUCAAAGGGUGUUCCAUAGUAGAAAACAACAAGUCAGAUUUGAAGUAGAAUCUGACGGACAUCAAAAGGGCACAAGUGUACAGAACCAGUUUGUUUAAUGCUCUACAGUAUUGAAGGCUCCGUGUGCCAAGGUGUGAAUGUAACUGCCAAGCUAUAAGGUUUCUUUUUUUUCUACAGAAUAUUUUUCUUGUGGAUCUUGUGGGAGAGCAGCUCACCGUUCCUCAAUAACUGAACCACUACAUUAUCACAGGUGUGAAUGUAAAUACGUGUACCUCCAUCAGUUCCCACUGUGUAGUGCAACCUGUCAUUUAUUUGAGUUUCAUCGUAUUCUCAAGUGUUUAUUUGCCAGUGAAGAUGGCUGCUUUGUGGAAUGUUCCACUUCAUGUCUGGGGGGAGGGUGAGGGAAGAAUGUGACACAUUGCCAGUUAAUUGGGGUGAGCAUGGUGGGAUAUUGGGGGGGUCUGAGGAAACCGCUCACAACAUGGACUCCCCCUCUCUCUCCACCUCUGGUGAGGAAUUGCCCCCACUGUGGAUUAGACAGAAGGACUCAUUCUGGACAGAGGCCAUGGUUGCCAAGAACACAUGAGCACUUGUAGCACAACCGUGUCUUGUUUUGCUAUUAGAGUACAGGUUGGACUUUGUUUUUUUGUUUUGUUUUUUUACAUUUCAGAUGAAGAACAAGGAUGAUUUUUUUCCACACGUUACGCAAACACCUUGGUUGUAUGAUUCAUCUUCUGAUGUACGGCUCCGUCUUGAAGAAGGGAUUAACCAAAGGUGACAGUGAUGCUGCAUUUUAUUGCUAUUUUAUCUUUAAGAGUAUGUGUUACAUUGAUUCCUGCCCAUGUGCCAUUCUAUCAAGCAAUAAAUAUACAAGGAGAAGAAACAACAUUUAUUGACGAUAUCAAAGUGCCGCAUUGCUGUUUAAUCCAUUAACCUGCAUGAUGAAGCGGCAAUGAUGCCCUCAUGUUACUGACAUUACAAUGUUGACAUGGCCUAAAGGAUGUUUUUUCUUUUUUUUUGUAUUUUUCUUCACUAAAGUGUCAAAUCUGUUUUUUUAACCACAAAGGUUGACGUGCAUAUGAAGUAUGUGCAACCACAUUUGUGUACAGAUGUCGAAACAGAGGAUCAUGCAGAGCGCAGUGGUGUGUGCUGAACGAUGAGAGAGUUCAAGCAGACAGGGAAGAGACGGUUCUGGAUUCUAUGGCAUCUGUUGUCAGUGACAUUGUCUUUCUUGGGGCACUACAUGUACUGACUACUUUGACUGUCUUGAAUCUGUCAGGACCUUUUGAGUUCUGAAGUAUAUUUUGACUCUGAAACCGGUUUAAAUAGAUUCAUUUAUUUCAUUUUUGUGAUUCUUAACGCACUUGCCUCCUCUGUAUUACCUGACAAACAACAAUCCACUUCCAGGGAUGAGUGCAUGUCACUUGGACACCUGUCCAGUUGGCCCUCUCUAAUGGGGUCAGACGCAGCCCUCUUUGUCUGCUUGAACUCUCGGCUUGUCAAAGAGGGAAAGUCCUUUAAGCAGUGGCAGCGCAGUGAGCCGAUCACACUAGCCAUGAAUGUAAGUAGGUCUGGACUGAGCCAUCUAGCCACAUGCUGCUACAGUGUACGUGUCUCUGUCUGACCUGGAGCUCAGUCAUGGUGGUUAUCUGUUGCCAGGAAACCAACCUGCACAAAGCACAGCAGGGACUCGAAACGCAGCCACACAGCAGUGAAGCAGGCAGGUCAACCAGCAGGCUACGAUGGAGAAGCAGAAGUGAGGAUUCAUGGACAGCUGAAUGAGAUGGGCCAACGCAGUGGACAGGGAGAACAUCUUAAUUGGGAACACGUUACACGAGAAAGCAAAUAUGAGGGAUUUGAGAGACGAGACCGUAGGUCAGCGAUGAGCAGGUGAUUAAAUUAACAGUGCCUGGGGCCCACUUUUUCAUGGGCUAACGUGAUGGAAGAAGAUGAAAAAAGCCAACUGAAGCUUGAUAUGAUGAAAAUUGAUAUCUACAGAAAGAAUUUCAAAUAGUUUAGGUGCUGAGUUUUGGGUUUAGUAGUGAUCAGUUUCAUUUCUGCCAUUCAUUUGGAAGCGAGCUGCGUAACCACACUGAGGACAUGACUCAGAGUGUGAUUGUUCUUUUUUUUUUCUCUUUUGUACUGAUAAAUGGGAAACUGUAUAGAUGUAAAGAUGGUAUUUCUUGCAUUAUGAUGAUUCAAACAUGGAUGUAUAUAUUGUAUCGAUUAAAAAGAUGAUGCAUCAAACUUUUAUUUGUUGC